AAGAUUUUUUUUUAUUUUAUUUUAACGCUUUCACUUCAUCCAAAUAUGCUUACAUCUAAAUCUGAGAGCAAAGUUCAUCCACGGCAAACGAUCGAGAAUGUGCAGGAGAAGAAAGUUAAACAGAAAGCACCUUACGGUUUUAAAAAGCCUUAUGCCAUUGCUACAUGGAUCAAGGAAAACAUCAACAAAAAGGAAUGUUGCUAUUUUCAAAGGGAUGCCAGAGAUGAUGUCUGUAAGUGUGGCUACUUGAAGGAUGAGCAUUCAGUCGGAGCCAUUAAGCCAGAGGAGCUCACCGGGGAGACGUGGGACAGACACAGACAUAUCCAUGAAGUGCCCACCGAUGCGUUUGGAGACGUCAGCUUUGAUGGUUUGAGGCGAACGAUUAGCAAAUAUGCCCGAGUGUCUACAGACACCAGCCCUGAAGACCUGUACCACUUACUGACCGAACAGUGGAAACUCUCACCUCCCAACUUGCUCAUCUCAGUGUCCGGAGGAGCCAAAAACUUCAACCUGAAGACUCGACUGAAGAAUAUAUUCCACAGAGGACUCAUCAAAAUGGCCCAGAAUACAGGUGCGUGGAUCAUCACAGGCGGUACCCACGCAGGUGUGAUGAAGCAUGUGGGGCAGGCUGUGAAGGACUAUGCCCUGAGCAGCGCCAUGCAGGGAAACAAGUUAGUGGUCAUCGGAGUGGCAACGUGGGGAGUAAUUCACAACGGGGAGGAUUUAGUGCAUAAAGACGGCCGUUUCCCUGCUCAUUAUGUGAUGGACACUAAAGGUCAAGGCCAAUUGUCCUGUCUAGACAACAAUCAUACCCACUUCCUGCUGGUUGAUGAUGGGACACACGGACACUACGGAGUGGAGAUCGAAUUGCGCACUCGUUUAGAGAAAUGCAUCUCCAGGAAGCAUCUGGCAAACAAAGACAGCAGGGUAACCAUUCCAGUGGUGUGUGUAGUUUUGAAUGGAGGACCAGGCACGCUGAAUACCAUCUAUAACGCCAUGCUGAACGGCACCCCAUGUGUGGUCUUUGAGGGCUCAGGGAGGAUCGCAGAUGUCAUCGCUCAUGUCUCAGGCUUCCCUGUUAGCUUGGUCACUAUCGCCCUCAUCCACCAGCUGAUGAAAAAGUGUUUUGGUCAGGAAUAUGAGAGUUUCUCUGAGCUCAAGAUUAUUGAAUGGACCAAAAAGGUUCAAGACAUCAUCAGAAUGUCUCAUUUGUUGACGAUAUUCAGAGUAAAUGAAGACACUUACGGAGAUGUGGAAGUGGCCAUCCUUCAGGCACUUCUCAAAGCUUCAAGGGGAAGUGAGUCACGAGGAACAGAGUCCUGGAAGAGGCAGCUGGAACUGGCUAUAACCUGGAACCGAGUGGACAUAGCCAAGACUGAGAUUUUCACAGAGGAAAGCCAGUGGAAGUCCAGCGACCUCCACUGGGCCAUGUUCUCAGCCUUGGUUAGCAACAGGCCUCAGUUUGUGAGUCUUCUGCAGGAGAACGGAGUGAGUCUGAGGGAUUUCCUGCAGGAUGAAGAAACUCUGUGUGCGCUCUACAACCAGCUGCCCAGCUGCUUCUUUCUGUGCAAGCUGGCCAAGCGGGUCAAAAGUGCUGGUCGCAGCAAGAAGAAAGGGCUCGCCCUGAGGGCUCGAGGUAACGCAAGACAAGGUGAAAGGAUCUGCUUAACCCACGUCUCUGAUGAGGUGCAUCACCUGCUGGGACGAUUCACCAAGCCCAUCUAUCCUCCCUCCACCAUGAUGUACCAACUGGACAUGUUCAUAAAGGACAUGCCACAGUGUCAAGACCAGGCAGCUUCUCAGACUCCACUCAAGGAGGACAAACCUGAAACUCAGAGGGAUGCAGCCAGAGACCUUUUUCUUUGGACUAUUGUCCAGAACAACAAGGAGCUGGCUGAAAUAGCCUGGGAGCAGUGUACAGACUGCAUGUCUGCUGCUCUGGCUGCCAGUAAGAUUUUGAAGAAAAUGGCAGAAGAAGGAAGAGAUGCAGAUGAGGCACAGGAAAUGCUCGAGCUCGCCGAUUAUUAUGAAAAACACGCAAUUGGUGUGUUCAGCGAGUGCUAUGACAGUGAUGAGGAGCGCGCUCAGAAGCUGCUGGUUCGGGUCUCACAUUUUUGGGGUAAAACAACGUGCCUGCGGCUGGCGCUGGAGGCUGAUAAUAAAAACUUUGUGGCUCAAUCAGGCAUUCAGGCUCUGCUGACUCAGAUCUGGUGUGGCGAGCUUUCAGUGGACAACCGUGUGUGGAGAGUGCUGAUCUGUAUGGUCUUCUUUCCUCUAAUCUACACUGGAUUUUUGGUUUUCAGACGUGAUGAACUCAUCCAGAGAGAAACUGAGAAGCGUGAGGAGAUGAGAACGUUGGAGACAGUGACAGGAAGUUCAUAUUGGGCAAAUCACAUUAUGCCCGCGCCGCAGGUGAAGCCUCUGAGCUGCUGGUCCAAACUGGCGAGCCUGUACAGCUCUCCACAGGUCAAGUUUUACUGGAACAUUGCUUCUUACUUCGCCUUCCUCUUCCUGUUUGCCGCGGUGCUCUUGGUGGACUUCCAGAGCUCGCCGUCUGGUAGUGAGCUGCUGCUCUACAUCUGGCUGCUGUCUCUUGUGUGUGAGGAGAUCAGGCAGCUCUUUUAUGAUCCUGAUGGGUUUUGUUUUUAUAAGAAAGUUACAAAGUACAUAAAAGACUUCUGGAACAUUUUGGACGUCCUCUCCAUCCUUCUCUUUUCUGUAGGCCUGGCGUUCAGGCUGACACCUGAGCUGUUGUACGCUGGUAAAAUCCUCCUCUGCAUUGACUUUGUGGUCUUCUGCCUCCGUCUCAUGGCCAUCUUCACAAUUAGUCGAACGCUUGGACCCAAAAUCAUCAUAGUGAGGAAAAUGAUGAUGGAUAUGUUCUUCUUUUUGUUUCUGCUGAGUAUCUGGGUGGUGGCGUACGGGGUCGCCAAACAAGGCAUACUCAUUGACAACGAUGACCGCCUGGACUGGAUAGUCCGGGGGGCCGUUUACGAACCGUACCUCAUCAUAUUUGGAAAUUUUCCUACAAACAUAGAUUACACUGAGUUUGACAUAACAACGUGCAACAUGAACGGGACAGAUCCUCUGAAGCCCAAAUGUCCCAGACUGAAUGAAAACCACACACCAGCCUUCCCUGAGUGGCUCACCAUCAUCAUGCUUUGUGUUUACUUGCUCUUUGCCAACAUUCUUCUGCUCAACCUGCUCAUUGCCAUCUUUAACUUCACUUUCCAGGAAGUCCAGGACAACACGGACAAAAUCUGGAAGUUUCAAAGAUACGAGUUAAUUAAGGAGUAUCACAGUCGGCCGGCGGUGCCACCACCGUUCAUGAUUCUCAGUCAUCUCUGCUAUUUCAUCAAGAGCGUUGUGCUGCGGAGUUCUCCCACCAGCCACAAAGAUUUCAAGCAUGAACUUCCUCAGAUGGAAGAAGAGGAGUUGCUGUCCUGGGAGGCCUUGAUGAAGGACAGAUACCUGCUGUCGUCUCAGCAGGAGCUGAGCCAGAGCAUGGAGGGACGCAUCCUGGAUACGGCCCAAAAGGUCACCACCAUGACGGAGCAGCUGGAGAAGGAAAAGGAAAUGAGCUCAGCUGCAGUGCUGAAGAAACUGACGGAACUAGAGGAGCAGGUGGUCCAGUCCAGUAAGGCCCUGCAGUGGAUCAUGGACACUCUGAUGUCUCAGGGAGCUCCUGCAGAGGAAUCACAAUCACACACCUUCACCAGGGCAGACGAACCUGCCGGCUCUUUAAAGAACACAUCAGAGAAAGAAAGCAGCUUCCACGUGAAGGCCCGUCAGUUUCACUACCCCAACUGUAAAGUCACACGCUUUGCUGUGCCUGAGGAGAAAGUUCCCUGGGAGGUCAGCUUCAGCUCAUACAACCCAACUUAUUAUGACUUUGAAAACAAGAACAGGUCACCAGAAACCUUGCAUGGCUACAGGAAUCCACAGGGCAGGACGGGCAUCGUGGGCCGAGGUUGUCUCAGCCGCCUCGGUCCAAACCCAAACCUCGAUCUUGUGCUCACACGGUGGCGAGACAGUGAGAGGUUAGUGUUGGAGUAUCUGGCGGUUUGGGAUGAGCAUCAGGGGUGUUUAACUUUACCUGGGGGACCAAUUGACUCUGCUGAUCACCUGCCUGUAGCUCUUAAGAGCACCCUGGGAAACAAGCUGUACGAAGCACUAAAUAUUAAAUUAUCAGAAGGAACCAAGGUGUGUGAAGGUUAUGCAGAUGACUGCAGGAACACAGAUAACGCCUGGGUGGAAACCACCAUCGUGAACAUUCACCUGGACAGAGCGAGUCAGGAGACUGUGGACAUCGACAACAUGGUCAAGAGCAGCCACGGCUGUCUUCUGUGGCAGGAGGUGAGCGGUCAAACCAGGCUGGGCUCCAACCAAAGAGACUCGCUGCAGCUGGUGGCAGCGCUGCACAACACAAGUGUCUGA